AUGACUGCUCCGACCUCCCACAACCCGGUGAAGCAGGCCGUUGACGCGGUACAUGCCACCCAGGUGACCCCAGCCAAGAGAGGCUACCCGUACAAUUUGCCCUCUCGCAACCUCAUCGUGGUCGUUCUCGGCGAGUUCUGUGGAACAUUCAUGUUCCUCCUACUCUCCUUCAUCGGAGCGCAGACCGCCCUCGUCACCAACUCUCCCGAUGACUCCUCCGCUCCUCUCUCUCCGGCCAGCUUGAUGUACAUCGCUUCUUCCUUCGGUACUGCCAUUGCCGUCAAUGUGUGGAUCUUCUACCGCGUUAGUGGUGGCAUGUUCAACCCUGCGGUCACUCUAGGUCUUCUGCUCGUCGGUGCCGUGAAGCCCCUCGCAGGGCUCUGCAUUAUCCCCGCCCAGCUCGCAGCCAGCAUCGCCGCCUCCGCCGUCGUCUACGGGGUCCUCCCCGGGCCCCUCCUGGUCAACAACACGCUUGGCAACGGCGCCACCAUCGCCCAGGGUUUCUUCAUCGAGAUGCUGCUCACCGCCCAACUGGUCCUGACGGUGUACUUCCUCGCCGUCGAGAAGCACCGCGCGACCUUUCUGGCCCCCAUCGGCGUCGGCAUCUCGGUGUUCAUCGCGCACAUCACCGCCACAAACUGGACCGGGACAUCGAUCAACCCUGCUCGCUCCUUCGGACCUGCCGUCAUCGCCGGCUUUGUCAACUACCACUGGAUCUACUGGAUCGGCCCCUUCGCCGGUGUCAUCCUGUCCUUCCUAGUCUACGCCAUGUUCAAGUGGCUCGAGUACCAGACGGCGAACCCCGGACAGGACGAUGACAUGGAGAAGGCCCAGAAGCCCGUGGACGAGCGACCUCCGUUGGUUCCCAGGGACUCUGGCUUUGAGGUGGCCUCGCCUUUGGAGGGCGGCCACGGCCAGCCAUGA